GAGCCGAUCGGGUACCGACCCAGGAGGGCCAGGACUCUAUCCGAAUUGCAUUUCCGCGGUAGGGUUUCAAAGCCUCAAAUUCUCUUUCGGUAUCACUCGUCCGUAACCAUCACCGUCGGUGGUCACAUCUUCCGCCUCACAUAUUCUCUCCGGCCGCUCGCUGCUCCGUGACCACCGUCGCGGCGGCCACAGUUGUCAGUUAGUGAAAGAUGAAACUCAUAAGGAGUGCGUUGAGUUCUGUUUCGCAGUACCGACUUCACCGGCAUCGGAUGGUUCGGACUUUUUCUACAAGUCCACACCGAGGUGAUGACAGCCAAAGUACAAGCUUGUUUGAGUCUGCUGAUGAAUUUGAGCGUAGGAUAUUUGGUGAUAGUUCUGGAAGUGACUCAAGGUCUAAUACGUUUUAUCAAAAACUUGAUAGAAUUGAGAAGUCUCACAACAGAUCUGGUCUGGGAUCUACAUUUAAUGGUGGAAACGGAUCUGAGUUUUUAGAUGGCCUAGAUGAGAGUUUCAAUACAUUGUCAGAUGGUAUGGAUGGGAAAUUGAAGAAAGCAGCCACAUAUUUUGAGUUUGAUCCUGAAGAAGUAAAUAAAGAAGGCUACACUUUCAGACCAGAUAUGCGCUUUAGGGCAGGAAUGACUUAUGACAUUAAGGAUCUUGAUCUUACGAAACCUGGGGUACAGAAACCUUUUAAAAGGGCUGAGUUUGAAGUGACAUCAGAGGAAGUAAUGAAGAAAGCUGAUUUCAGGAAUGUCAGAUUCCUUGCAAACUUCAUAACUCAGGCUGGAAUUAUCAUCAAGAGGAGCAAGACUAGGAUUAGUGCCAAAGCACAGAGGAAAGUUGCUAGGGAGAUCAAGACAGCCCGAGCUUUUGGUCUAAUGCCUUUUACUACUAUGGGAACCAAACAAUUUGUGUUUGGUAAGACUAUGAAGGAUCUUGAUGAGGAUUACGAGUAUGAAACUUAUGAUACCCCCAACUCUGUCAAUGUAGAAGACACUGAGGAACCCCGUGGCGCUUAGAUGCUUGUAUGUGCAUGUUUUGGCUUAUCCUUUUUUACAUCAGCACAAGUUCCCGCACAUUUUUCUAAAUUGGUACUUGGGAUACACUGAUUUCUUUUUUCCCCAAAAGGUGACUCUAGCAUGCACUGUUUUUCUAUGUUCUCCUAACGAAAGGGCUUUUAUAUGGAGCUAGAUUUUUUUCCAA